UUCGCUAUGCCGCCGUCCACUCUGUUGUGUUUUCUGUUACUCGCAUCGCCAUCUUGUUGCGAGUCGAGUUAAGCUCGUCUGAGGCUUUCUGGGAAGAGCUGAGCGAUUUUUUUUAUUUAACCAAAGAUCGUUCAAGCUCAGUGCACGUGAACGAUCCGAUCCAUUGGCAGACACGCAGCCUGCGGUGUGUGUGUUUAAGACACUGUGUCUGCUCGGUGGACGACAUGAGUAUUGAUACACUGCUGGAGGCGGCUAGAUAUCUGGAGUGGCAAGCCCAGCAACAACAGAUUACACGUGAGGAAGAUGAGCGCCGACAAAAAACUGUCCUGUCUCGUGGAGCAGAACCCAAGCGCUCCGGAAUCGUUGCCACGUCCAUCCAGCCAGCACAGGCCAAUCACACAAUCUGGGCUGAUGAGGCUCGAAUAGAGCCUCACAACCACCAGCCACGCCCUCCAGCCCCACCACCAGCCCCAGCCCCAGUUCCUGCUUUACAUCCACCCAUGCCAAUUGCGGUCAUCCCAAUCCCUGUGGUUUCUGCUAACUCCGCAACAUCAGCGCUCCAUACGGCGUCCCCGAUACCAGUGGUAACUUCUCUGGCUACAGCACUAUCCCCUCCAGGUGCUCCUUUACUCAACCAUGUAGUGAAGGACAUACACUCUCCCUCACAGCAGCAGCAUCAGCAUUUCCAGCACCUUCAGCAUCGACCGCUGAUCCCCCACGUGAAGGCGGAAGGCAGCAACUUGCCUCAGUCAGGAACCAGUCCCAAGCAGCAACCUCAGGCCCUGCUGCAGCCGUACCCGGCGCCCGUCAUCACCCCUCAGCAUGCCCUGUUAGCCCAGCCUGCUCUCACACAACCUCAGAACCAUGUGUCACAACCGGGCCGGCCCAACGGCGCAACCUUGGAGGACACCCGUGGCUUGGAGGGCAAGAGGCGACCCGGAGGAGCAGGAACCAGGGAGGUGCACAAUAAGCUAGAAAAGAAUAGACGUGCGCAUCUGAAGGAAUGCUUCGAGACCCUCAAGAGAAACGUCCCCAACGUGGACGAGAAGAAGACGUCCAAUCUGAGCGUGCUCCGAAGCGCCCUGCGCUACAUCCAGACGCUGAAGCGCAAGGAAAAGGAAUACGAGCACGAGAUGGAGAAGCUGGCGAGGGAGAAGAUCGCCACUCAGCAGAGACUGGCCGAGCUGAAGAACGACCUGAGUCAGUGCAUGGACAUCAUGGAGAUCGACCGCAUCGUCCGGCAGACGGUCCAGCCUGAAGAUGACCAGGCUUCCACAUCGACGGCAUCAGAAGGCGAAGACAACUUCGAACAGGAUGCCGAAGACGGAGCCCCACCCUCAUCCCGCUCCUCGAUCCUGGGAUGUCAUCCGGCACUGUCUGAGCAACGCGCCCCCGUUCUUCCUCCUCCUCCGUCCAUCCUCCAGUCCCACAUUGCCUUCCAGCACAAACCGACCAACCCUCCACAGCCCCAGAGCACGGCCAUCGCACCUCAACCCAGCGUCAUCGCGCACGCCUCCGUGUCUCACGCAUCCGUCAUCCAGGCGGUCAACCACGUGCUACCGGCUGCUUCCAAACCCAUCGGGCACAUAACCGUCCACCCGGUGACCCUUUACCCGCAGACGGUGGCUGUCUCGCAGCCGCAAGUUCUGGGCCACAUUACACAGACGCUGGCUCAUCACCCCCAGAGCCACAGCCACGUGAAUGGUGCAGCAGUGGGGCAGCAGGGCACCAUGGUGGGAAAACCCACAGCUGUAGUGGCUCACCAUCAUGCGGGUCUUGUGGGGCAGGCUGUGCUUAACCCAGUGACAAUGGUGACCGUACCGCCUUUUCCUGUCAGCACACUUAAGCUAGCAUGAGACAUGCAGGUUUGUGUGUGUGUCUGUCUGUGUGUGUGUGUGUGUGUGUGUGUGUGUGUGUGUGGCAUGUGAAGAACAUCCGAAUGGUCAGAAGAGCACAGGAAUUUGUCGUCGUGAGCGUGCCCGGCUUCACGGCAUGCACCAAUCACAGAAAGGUCUACCGUCACGUACAGUCGACUGAACGAGAAACACGUGAUGCACUUGCAAACCUUCAAAUCACGAAACGAUGGCUGACGAAAACAAAGUGUCCGUUUUCACUCCCUCUCCGUCCUUCGGUCCCGAGCCUCCUCUCCUGAUUAGCUAUCGUAACCUAAAUGUCUCAGGCAUCACUUUCACAUACAGUCAUGAAACAAAAUUUUUUUUUUUUUUUUUUUUUUUUUUUUUUUUUUUUUUAGAAAUGUUUAAAAAAAAAAAAAACAGACACAGAAAUCAGAUGAUCAACGAGAAUGCAAAAUUUUGCAUUAUUAUCAGAAAAUAUGAUCGAUUAUUGGGCUGGCAAUUCGAUAAUCUGGACAUCUAGAAGUGCCUAACCUGUCUAAUGUACAAGUCUAACAGCGCCCUCUGUUGCUUAAACACGGUACUGCUGUGCUUUUUCAGAGGGACUGUUCAACGAUGUCAGCCGCAGGCAUUCAGCGACCAGGAGAGCACUGAUGAAACAUAAUCAAGCAGUUAGCCUAGAAACACACCUCUUCCAUUACUGUUGUGUUGCCGAUAUUUCUUCACGACGCGUGUAUACCACUAAGUUCCCGAAGUCUUCUACCGGACACGUGACUAACAUCUACAGAGAAGCAGUCUCACGUUGCUCCGCUAGUCACACCUGUUGUGUGUCUGUCAGUAUACCGUAUGUGACACAGUUUUGUGUUUAUUUUUAAUUGUUUGGUUUUUUUUUAUUGGUUCUUUUAGAAAAGCCACCCGAUCGUCACCUGCUCGUGUGUUUGUUUGUUUGUUUUUGUUUUUUGUUUUUUGUUUUUCUGUGUGCGAGUGCGUGCUAACUUUGAGGAGGUUUUCACGGUAUGGACAUUUCCUCAAAGUCUUUUUUCUUUCUUUCAUUUACUCCUUUCAUUUAUGGUCCACUUCAGCUGUCUGUACGUCGAUGGAACCUAAUAACAUCCGUGUACCAUGUAACACUCACGUGACACAUUCCUCGUGUUGCUUCCUAUAUAUAUAUAUAUAUAUAUAUAUAUAUAUAUAUAUAUAUAUAUAUAUAUAUAUAUAUUAUUUACAGUCAUCCUACAAACCUUUUUUUUUUCCUUUUUUUUAUUUUUUUAUUUUUUAUUUUCAUUACUACAAAAUGAAAAACUCUGCUAAAGAGGAUUCGAUGCUCUGACGUACUGUGUCUCAUUGCUACGUACUAUCAAAUGUAACCAGAACACUGUGAUACCCUGCUCUUAAUUUACAGACCCCGUCUCCUUCAAAAAAAAAAGAAAGAAAAAGUAAUCGAGUCUGGGGCUUCGAUUUAUACACCUAGAUGAUUCAUGUGAUUAUAUCCACUUUAGAUGUGAAUUUCUUUCUUUUUUUUCCCCUGAAUCUGACGACCGAUCGAGAAGUUUUCAUGUAAUAAAAUAGAAUGAUACAUGCGGUGCUUUAUAUUCGGUAAAAAAAAAAAAAAUACACACACAAAAAAAACACCCUUUUGUAACAAAAAAAAAGAGUAGUUUUUUUUUAAGUCUAUGUAUGUGUAUAUAUAAAUGUGAUGGAUAUGCACGCAUUCACAUAUACGUGUAUGUAUUUGCGGAUUACACUGUUGCCUGAUUUUUGCAUGUAGAUUGCAAAUUUUUUUGUUUUUGUUUAGCAUCAAUCCCCUCAUUAUUAUUAUUAUUAUUAUUAUUAUUAUUAUUUUAUUUUUUUCGGGACCAUGUCUAAUACUGUAUGAUGUGGUGGGGACCAUUAGACCUCAUUCUAACAUUGAUAUUAUAUAUACAUAUAUAAAAAUCUGCAUUUUUUCCCUAUGGAGAAAGUUUAAGUUAUAUAUCGCCUGUACAUUUUGGGCUGCAUUAAAAUCUAAUUGUCCACCAUGAAAUAAAACAGUAAUAAUGUUGAAAUAUGCUAGAGUAAUUAAAAGAAAUGACUAUUCAUAAUAAAUCUUACAUUUACAAAA